GCUUUCUUUAUUUUUCACGAAAGUUUCACCACAAGCGUUACAAACAUAGCGACGGUGCUGCCACUCACUUAAAUGGCAACCGUGCUCGUGUCGCUCUCAUUUAUCAAUCGUUAGUGGCGCCAAAUUUGUACGUGGCAAAAUUUCAAUUAAUACAUAAUGUCAUUCAAAGAUAAUUAAUUCUUGAGAAAAGAGAAAAUUAAUAUUGAUGUUGAUGAUAAAAAAACUACAUAACCUCAAUAACUUCUAAAGGAUGAAGAGGAAUAUCCUCAAGUAAAAAGUAUUUAUCAAUUAAAACAUCAAUAAAUAAAAAAUGGGAGAUGAUGAGGAUGGUAAAGAAUAUCGGUGGGAAACUGGAUAUGAAAAGACAUGGGAAGCUAUUAAAGAAGACGAUGAAGGAUUUUUACAAGCCAGUGUAGCCGAUAUCGUUCAAAGGGCAAAACGAAAACGGCAAGCCCUAAAACAUGGAAGUCAAAAGUUGGGGAUGAUGAGACAUUUAUUCUUGCUUUUAGAUUGUUCUGAAGCGAUGGCCAGUCAAGAUCUCAAACCAACCAGACUUAUAUGUACCUUAAAGCUUCUAGAAAUAUUCUUAGAAGAAUUUUUCGACCAGAAUCCUAUAAGUCAACUCGGAAUUAUACUUAUGCAGAAUAAACGAGCAGAGAGGAUCAGCGAACUAGCAGGGAAUUGUAGGAAACAUAUAAAAAUGCUCAGCAAUUUAAACAGAACCAGCUUGCAGGGUGAACCGUCUCUUCAAAAUGGUUUGGAGAUGGCUUUAUCUUCAUUGAAGCUACUACCGUCUCAUGCUAGUAGGGAGAUCUUGGUUGUAAUGGGUAGCUUAACUACUUGUGAUCCUGGAGAUAUUACCAAAAGUAUUGAAAAUUUGAAGCAAGAAGGUGUUAGGUGUUCAGUGAUAGGUUUGGCAGCUGAAGUACAUGUGUGUAGACAACUGGCGAAUCAAACCAAUGGAAUUUACAACGUAAUUCUUGACGACAAUCACUUUAAAGAUUUGCUGCUCCAGCAGGUAGAUCCCCCUCCUGCUGCGUUGUGCCUUGAGUCAAGCUUGAUCAAAAUGGGAUUCCCUCAUCAACUGAAUAACGAAGGGACUGAUGAACCUCUAACUAUGUGCAUGUGUCAUGUCGACAGUGUUGAAGAUGGUAGUAAACUAACAACAGGAGGUUACUAUUGUCCACAGUGCUUCAGCAAAUACUGUGAACUUCCCGUUGAGUGUAGAGCCUGUGGAUUGACGUUAGUAUCAGCUCCACAUCUAGCAAGAUCCUAUCACCAUCUUUUUCCAGCUGCCAAUUACAUAGAAGUAGAUUUCGCCAACCAGGCAACAAUUUGUGCUGCUUGUCAGAGGUCGUUUGGAGAAACGGACAGGCAGGUGUACAGCUGCCCAAAUUGUAAACGUAUAUUUUGCAUAGAUUGUGAUAUAUUUGUCCAUGAAACUUUACAUACUUGUCCAGGAUGUGCCACAAACCCUCUAAAGUUUCAGAUAGCCCUUACGAAUUAAUUUUUCCAUUACGAAAACACUUACAUAAAUCAGAGAAUCAGAGAAUUUAGUAAAACAUUUUUGAUGUUUAGAUUUGUUUAUGGUUAGUAGUGACACUUAGCACUUUCAGAAGAGCUCAUGUGGUCAGUAAAAUAUGAUUAAUUUUGUAGCAUUAAACAAAUGUGAAAAUACAAUCAAUAUAAAUUGUAUUCAAUUGUAUCAAAUUAAUUGUAUAUCAAUUAUAAAUUAUUAUAUAAUAUAUUUUAAUUUCUAGAAUUUUUUUGCCAGUAUGAAAUUAAUUGGAUUAUUAAUUAUUGUUUGAUUUUUUUAAUUUAUUUUUAAUAAAUUGCUUAAAUGCG